AAGGAUUGAAUGGUAGCCUAAUAAUAAUAAUAAUAGUCAUAUAGCCUAAUCAGGGGAUACUUGACCAACCAAAUUGUGAAUCUGUUAUUGUGAAUAACGUGUGUUUAACGUCCUUGUUUCUUUAUCUUCCUUGCGAUCCAUGAGCGAGUGCAGGGGAAAUCAAGGCUUCUGAUUGGCUUACCGCAGGUCUCUCUUUUUUUUCGGUCGAAAGACAAGCUAUCUACUGCGAACCAGAACUUUCUGUGCAAGGUCAAUUCCGUUCUCUUUCCAUCUGCUCGCCGAAGAAUCGGGACAUUAAAGAGGUUUACGGAUUUAUUUUCAUAAUUGUAACUCUUGUACGGAACUUGCUACUUGGUAACAGAGGAAACGUGGAAGAAGUCGCAACUUUUUUUGUUGCGAAUUAUUGACACUGUUUUACACUUGCAAAACAAAGAAAAUGACUCAAUUCAACAAGGGUCCAGUGUACGGUUUGACUGCAGAAUUGAGAAGCAAGAUCGCAGGGAAGUAUGACCUGCAGAAGGAGGAGGAGCUCCGGUUCUGGAUCGAGGAGGUGACGGGCAUGCCCAUUGGAGAGAACUUCCAGAAGGGCCUCAAGGACGGAGUCAUCCUCUGCGAGCUGAUUAACAAACUGCAGCCUGGUUCCAUUAAGAAAAUCAACCACUCCAAACUCAACUGGCACAAGCUGGAAAAUCUGGGGAAUUUCAUCCGAGCCAUUCUGAACUUUGGCCUUUGUCCCAAUGACAUCUUUGAAGCCAAUGACCUGUUUGAGAAUGGGAACAUGACCCAGGUCCAGAGCACACUGCUGUCCCUGGCUGGUAUGGCGAAAACCAAAGGCUCAAAUUCCAACUGUGACAUCGGUGUGAAGUUUGCAGACAAGAGGACGCGCCAUUUCGACGAGGACAAAAUUAAGGCUGGACAAUGUGUGAUUGGACUGCAGAUGGGAACAAAUAAAUGUGCCAGUCAGUCUGGUAUGACAGCGUAUGGGACCAGGAGACACUUAUAUGACCCAAAGUCACAGACAGACAAGCCCUACGACCAGACUACCAUCAGCCUGCAGAUGGGAACCAACAAGGGCGCCAGCCAGGCUGGCAUGUCGGCUCCAGGUACCCGCCGCGACAUCUACGACCAGAAGUCGGCGGGACAGCCUGCAGACAGCUCCACCAUCUCCCUGCAGAUGGGCACCAACAAGGUGGCGUCCCAGAAGGGCAUGAGCAGCUAUGGACUGGGCAGGCAGAUUUACGACCCCAAGUACUGCGCCUCCCCCACAGAGCCCACCUCGCCCGUCACCCUCGGCAACCAUGCCGGUAGCCACGGCAACGGGAGCCUGGGAACAGGCACCAAUGGAUCGGAGAUUAGUGACAGCGACUACCAGGUGGAGUACCAGUAUCAGCAUGACGACGAGGAAGAGUACAGGGGCGGGUACCAACAGCAGUACAGUGGGCACUAUGACGAGGACCAGGGCAUCAACUAUUAGACUGACUGUGUCUCGUGUAAUUGCUCUAUAUGGGGUAAUAGGGUGCCAUGUUCCCCUCUGUGGGCCCCAUUUUGGCUUCGCAAAAAAAGUAGCGCUUGUUUGGACAACUGCAUUGCUUUUUUGCAUAGUCAAAAUGUCACCCUGUGUAGCAGUAGUUCCAAGUGUAACACGGUGUGUCUGGGAAUAUGUAAUGUUUAUAGUGGCCUUCUACCGGAAUCCGGAGGGUAGUUGCAUGUCCAAGUACCUUGACGGAUCAUAAGAACCGUAGGCCUAUAUAUAGUUUGAUACAAUUUUUGUGGUACCACUUAUGAUGAAGUUGUUUAAACUGAUGCAAUUGUGUUACUCUGGUAUAAAGCCACUGUAAUGUAAAGUAAGUGUGAGGGAGCGAUUUUGUUAACAGAGCAAGACUUUUACCAUCCUUGCUAUGUUUUUUUUUAAACAUGUUUUUUUUUUCCCUAAAAGGGAAAUGUUGGCUUAUCAAUCUAGCAUUCCUUUUAAACUCGUUAGAAUGUCAAUAUUUUCCGGCCAAUUGUAAUAAUGUAUAGAAUGCGGCAAGUCAUUUCAGUGUUUUAUGGGUUUUGUAGUUCUCACGGUUCAGAAACUCAACUAGGGAGUUCUGUGAGAAACAUUCCAUCACUGGCAUUCACUACACAUCAUGUUUACCUGCUCCCUCCUUAACUCUUUGUUUUCAAUAUACUAUAUCGUCUGUUCUCUUUCAUCUCCUUCAAAUCUGAUCCACAAGUCUACUGCUCUGUGGUAAGUUUUGGUAAGAGACUUAUGUUCUAUCCAUUCUGAAUAUACAGCAAUCAUAUUUUAGAGAAGGUUGGCAGGAGAAAAAGAUGGAUGGUUUUAGUUAAAAUCCUCAUGGCCGUCAUGUCCCAGUUUGACUUGAAAGCACUGCAAUGUUUUUGUAGUUCUCUGUUUUUGUACUUUCGCUGCCUAUCUUGAGACUCUCUCAGAAGAUCAUCUCAAAUGUUAGUUUCUGUCACAUGACCAAACUUCUUAGGUAUUUUUUAAAUGUUCUUCAUAUCUCAAUGAUUCGUUGUGCCAUAAUGCUCUUGUCUGUAUGUAGACCCAAUCCACUGUUGUAUUUAUUGCCAUUUUUCCCAAUAUAGACAUUUCUUCUAUUGUUUUGGUUAUUUUGUAUCAAUAAACUUUGUUUCAUGAAGUCUUCCAUA